CAGACGCGUCGCAUUACAUCUGUUAGCUAAAAAUAAAAAAUAAAUAUCAGCCUUUGAUAAAACGCGAUAGGUUAUAAACCUUGUCCCUAAGGCCGACGAAAUGGUGCUUAGGUAUGAUAGAAUAUCACCCUGCAAACAGCUCGAAAGAGCGCAAGAUUAUCACAUAAACUAAUCGCAGGGCGUGUUAUUAUUUAAGCAUCCUGACGCGUCUCAGGUGCUGCAUCGACUCCACCAAACAAUCAUCAGCGGGAACUUAACCAGAACCAACCACCAGCACAAAUUCGUCCGUUCGUUGGAUUCCAUUAGAUUUCCUUUUUUCUGUACUGUUUUUUAGCUAUACAGGUCUGUUUGUGGUAAUCAGGAAAAACUUGUCUCGUUUUUGUUGAUUUUUUCCUCCUUUUUUAACUGCUCUCAUUUUCCUCCUCCAUCGUUUCUUUUUGUUAGAAUUAAAAUGGUCGCCUACCAGCCCAAAGACCUCUCUCAUCAUCUUUCCCUCGAGUCUUCUGCUCGUAGACCUUCUCCUUUGAAGGCUGCUGCUCUUUCCAAGAGCAAGACUGGCAUUAACAUUGUGUCCCUUGCCGGUGGUCUUCCUCACUCGGAUUACUUCCCCAUCCGAACCCUGUCUACCGCUGUUUACCGUCCUGAUGGCAAGCCUGAGAACAACAACGUCUCCAAGAUCCCCCUCCAAGAACUCUCCCUUGGCAUGGAACCCACCGAGGACAACGAUUUCGGUCUGUCCCAGGGAUUGCAGUACGGCCAGGGAUUUGGCGCCCUGCAGCUCGCAGCAUUCGUUAAGGAGCAUACCCGCAUUGUCCACCAACCAAAGUACGAGGGUUGGGACGUUAUGCUGACCGCCGGUAACACGAAUGCCUUGGAUACCUGUCUGCGUAUGCUUUUGAACCGCGGCGAGAGUCUUCUCGUCGAGGAGUACACUUUCCCCUCUGCUUUGCAGACCAUUGAGCCCAUGGGCAUCAACUGUAUCCCCAUGCCCAUGGAUUUGAACGGUAUUUUGCCUGAAAAGUUGGAGGAGCUUUUGUCUUCGUGGAACACGAAGGCUCGCGGAUGCCCCAAGCCUCACGUUAUGUAUGUGAUCCCUUCUGGUCAAAACCCUACUGGAAGUACGUUGUCCAACGAGAGACGCGCUCGUAUCUACGAAAUUUGCCAAGCUCAUGACAUUAUCAUUCUCGAGGAUGAGCCCUACUACUUCCUUCAAAUGGACAACUUUGAUGGAAAGAUCCCCGAGGAGCAACCCACUGUUUCUAACGAGACUUUCCUUUCUCAACUGAUUACCUCCUUUUUGAGCAUCGAUACCGAGGGUCGUGUUAUCCGUUUGGAUUCCAUGUCCAAGGUUGUUGCCCCUGGUACUCGUCUCGGUUGGCUUACCGGCCAUCCCUUGUUCAUGGAGCGUGCUCUUCGCCAAAAUGAGGUCAACAUCCAGAGUGCUUCUGGUUUGUCUCAAGUCUUGCUUCACGGAAUUCUCCACACUUGGGGCCAGGAGGGCUACCUGGAGUGGUUGAAGCAAAUUCGUUUCCAAUACACUCGUCGUCGUAACGCCUUGUUGCUUGCCAUGAACAAGUACUUGCCCGAGGGUCUGUGUUCUUACAUCGCCCCUGAGGCCGGUAUGUUCAUCUGGUUUGAGGUCGACCGCUCUCGUUACCUCCACAGCGAUAAGUUCAAGACCGUUCCGGAAAUCGAAACCGACAUUCACGAGCAAGCUGUUGAUGCUGGUGUCAACUUGGCCUGUGGUCACUGGUUCAUUGUUGAUUCAUCAAAGAAUGACCGCGUGUUCUUCCGUGUAACAUUUGCGGCUGCCAACUUUGAGGAUUUCAACGUUGCCAUUGAGCGCUUCGCUGCUGUUCUCAACAAGAACUUCAAGUAAGUUUUAUGUCUCCCAAUCUCAUGCAAACAGUAAGCUGUUUGUUUUUCGUUUUGAGUUUACUUCCAUGUCUGUUUUGAUUACGAACCUUUUAAUCAACCUCUGUUACCAACAUCUGAAACUUGUAGUUUGUAGCAUGUUCACGUGUUCGUUUUCUGUUGUCCCUUUAUAUUACAGAAUACCGGUUGUAUAUCUGUCUACCUACCUUUUUUGCGAAGCUCUCAUUCAUAGCGCGUUCAUAGUUCGUCUUAUUAUACGAAUAUUACAGUUCCUUACACAACAUAACACAAACAUAUCGAGGUGUUCCACAAAUGUAACUUAUUCUAUUUGUUAAAAAAGGG